UUCAGACAGUCUCAUUUUGUUGCAUGGGAAACAUUUCGUUCCGUCUCGCACUCUGCCGCGGUGGCCAACCAAUUUCUAAAAGCAAGUGUAGCCGAGAGAAAAAUCGGAAGGUUUCCCUGUUUUGAUAUGUUUUAAGCAUAAUACCACACGCUCGUGCUUUGUUUCAUGUGCUCCUUCACCAUUGCUUCCCCGCGGCACAGUGAUACAGUUUCCGACGCGGACGCGGACGAGAUUGCCCCGUUUCCGAUGAUCCGAGUGAAAAUAGAAAAGAGAAACGGCCAAUGUCACCCAAUCGUUUGAGGUGGCACAAGUGUAACACACCUCGCAGCCGAUGAUACGGGAAAAAAGGUGCUUAUAUCCCCCAUUCGUAGUGUAAUGACUGGAGCGGGUGUCUUAUCGUGAGCAGACGCACAACAAAGCCAGCAUUCCGCCACACUGAGCGGGGCCACAUUCCUUUGCGUAACCGUGAUUGGACGUGGAGUGCCGCCCGUCGCCGUCGCCUGGUGCAUGAAGUUCCACCACCAUCUCCCGACAGAAUUACCACCGAACCCCGUCGUGCCUCUUCGCCGCAUUUGCUCCGAUCCUUUUGCGGGACAGAGCGUUCUAGCAGGAAGCCAAACAAGAGGAGAACAACAACAACAAACAGCCGAAAAAGGAACACUCGUCUAACCGAAAAUGACAUCAUCAGCAGAACUAGAAACCUUGCGGUCCGAAAUCGAACGCCUAACACGGGAGCUUGAUCAGGUGAGCAGCGAGAACAUCCAAUCGGCCAAGUAUGGUCUAGGGCUGCUAGAAGAAAAACAAAACCUGCAAGUGAAAUGUGAAGAGCUGGAAUCGUUGUACGAGAACACCAAACAUGAACUCGACAUUACACAAGAGGCUUUACAAAAGUUUCAAAAAACCCAACAAGUCACCACGAAAACGGGCAUCGAACAGGAAGAUGCAUUGCUCAACGAAUCGGCGGCGAUGGAAACAUCCCUCAACAUGCAGAUCGUGGAGCUGGAAAAUGAAACCAAACAGCUGCGCCACGAGCUGGACCGUGUCACGAGCGAACGGGACCGUAUGCUGCAGGAAAAUGCCGAAAUUGGUCGCGACAAGUCCGGCACCGAGGCCGAACGUGCUCGGCUUAAGGCGGAGCUGAAGGAUAUGAAAUAUCGCGAGGCUCGUAUGCUGGCCGACUACUCGGAACUGGAGGAGGAAAACAUUUCGCUCCAGAAGCAGGUGUCCAGUUUGCGCAGCUCUCAGGUGGAAUUUGAAGGCGCAAAGCACGAAAUACGACGACUCACGGAGGAAAUCCAGCUAUUAAAUUCACAGGUUGAGGAAUUGGCUAGUCUUAAGAAAAUAGCUGAAAAACAGAUGGAAGAUGCCUUGACUGCACUGCAAGUUGAACGGGAGAAUAAAUACGCUUUGAAGAAAGAGCUUGAUGCACAUAUCAACCGUGAAUCGAUGUACAAUAUAAGUAAUCUGGCAUAUAGUAUACGUAGCAUGGAAGAGAAUGCCCUGAACAGCAGUGACUGUGAGGAAGAAAUCCCAGCAUUGAGAGAUUCCACCCUGAAGCGAUUGGAAGCUACGCUCGAGGCCGAAACCGCAGAUCUUAAGUCACCCGACGGUACCAAGGGUGACCUGUUCUCGGAGAUCCACCUGAACGAGCUUAAAAAACUCGAGAAACAGCUGGAAACGAUGGAAACGGAGAAGCUCUGCCUGACCGCCAACCUGCGCGACGCGCAACAGAAUCUGGAUAAGAGCCAGAACGAUUUGCAAAACUUUAUGGCCAAGCUGAUGUUGCUAGCAGCACACGUGGACGCACUACACACGCUCAAAAAGCAAAUCCAAAUAGAAGAAAACAUCACCGUGUCUGCCGCCAAGGAUAAGGACGUGAAUGAUAAAUUGAACGAAGCCAUCGUGCAGUACUCGAGUUGGUUUACGCUCAGCUCGAAGGAAAUUGAUACACUCAAGGCUGACCUGGCAGAACUGCAGAAGGGUUUGAACUGUUCCGACGCAAUGACCGUGUUGCGCAACGAAAUAACGAAUCUAAAGAACAAGCUGCUGUCGGUUGAACAAAAAUCGCUGGACUUGCACAGUGACAUUCAAGUGCUUACCACACUAUCGCAAACAGCCGGCCAGAGCCUGAACACGACGCGAACCAACUUAGUGGCAUUGAGCGACGAUCUGGCACAGCUGUAUCACCUAGUGUGCACGGUCAAUGGAGAAACGCCCAACCGUGUGCUGCUGGAUCACAAGAACGACGACUUAAGCUUCGAGAACGAUUCAUUGACGGCGAUUCAGUCGCAGCUGAAAUCGGACAUUCUUACCUCGAAGCCGCACGUGUUCGAGGAUCUGCAGGCUCUCAGCGAUGCGGUCGAGAUCCGCAAAUACGUGGACACCGUGAGCGACCAGAUCCGGUACCUUAAGACGGCCGUCGAGCACACGAUCGAGCUGAACAAGGAUAAGGUGGUGACCGAUUCGUCCGUCACGUCCUCGGGCGACGUAAAGGAGGCGAAGGAAGAGAUCGCCGACCUGCACGAACAGAUCAUCAAGCUGCGCAGCCUGCUCUCGACGAAACGGGAGCAGAUUGCAACGCUCCGCACUGUUCUCAAGUCAAACAAGAACACCGCCGAGGUCGCACUGACGAAUCUGAAAUCGAAGUACGAAAACGAGAAGCUGGUCGUGAGCGAUACCAUGUCCAAGCUCCGAAACGAGCUCCGCAUUUUGAAGGAGGAUGCGGCCACAUUCUCAAGUCUUCGCGCUAUGUUUGCCGCCCGCUGCGAAGAGUACGUCACGCAGGUUGACGAACUGACGCAUCAGCUAGCGGCGGCUGAAGAGGAGAAGAAAACACUCAACCAGCUGCUCCGGUUGGCGGUACAGCAGAAGCUAGGACUGACCCAAAAGCUCGAAGAGCUCGAGAUGGAUCGUGAAAUGCGCCAUGUGCGUCGCCCGGCAGCUUCACAGCGCGGCGGUGGUGGUGGCGGAGGUGGUGGCGGUGGCAAGUCGGCCUUCUCUCGUGGCCAACCGGCACGCAACAGCCUUCAGAACCCGAACAGCAACAGCAAUAGUAACAAUCCGAACCAAGCUUUCUUCUAACAUAAGGUGAGCGUACAACGUAAAAUUUUGGCGUUCCUUUACACACUUCUUAAGCUGUAAAGUGGAAAACACCGGGUGAGAGAGGUAGCUGUAGUUUUUUUUAAGGUAACCACUACUGUGGAGGGAUGAGAAUGGCAACCAAAAAUUAUCCAUCAGAUAUAUAUGUGAAUCUUUCAUCGAUCUCCUCCAGGGUUAUGAUUUGGUUGUGUCUUGUUUUACGCUCUUUUUCGUAAACACAAAAUGUUCAGAACAAAAACACACACACACAGAGCUAUGACCAGGUGGUCCGUCCCACCAAUGAAUUAGACAAACAGUAACAAAGAAAAAAAAAACACACGUAGUUUGCGUUCCUGAAGCGAACGCACCAGGAAUGACCACGAGUAGUAGCUGUAGUAUAACAAAGAAAAGCAUAUUUCCAUCCAUUAAAGAAACGAACGAGAAUUGAACCAUAGUUGCAAUACACAAACCUCGUUGUAAAACGUACUGAUCAGCGCGCAACGGGUCGGAUCGGUGGUGUAAGGCAGCACGCUGCGUCCAAGUAAACCUGCGUAAAUGUCCGAAGGACACGAACGAUCGCGCUUUAAGAUAUAUUUAUUCGCACCGAGUGUGGCAGCUGCAAUAGCGUGUAACUACUAAGCACAGAAGGACAGGUUGGUCGAGCGUAUGAGUACGGCAGCGUUGUUUAGAAGCGAACAGCGAUGACUGAUUGAUGGAGAGGCACAUGAUCCGUUUAUUACAUUAACAAUUCAUUAUUAGAAAAUGGCAAUGGCACACGGUUCGGCAACAUUUUAUGUUGAACGGUGGUAUCGGUGGUUGUGGUACGAAUUUUGGCAGGACUUUGGGGCGGCAGAAUUUAUUUCAAACACUAUAGAUAGACGUUAUUUAUUAAUUCAUCCGGAUACUAGCCGAGCCCGAUGCCGUUACACAAUUGUUAUCGAAUAGUGCUACACGGCACGAUUAUCGGAAAUAACGAAAAGUUCUAAUCUUGAACGAGGUGUGCGCACCCAUGUGACACACACCAAAACCUUAAAGUAAAGGGACCUUUUGUUCAUCGGUUGUGUUGGUGGUGGUGACGUAUGAAGAAGCACACGACGAAAUCUGGACCAACAUUUUUAUGACCACGAGUUCCACCACGUUCCUGACGGUUGAAGCGACGUAGUAUUUUAUCGCACCUCUGCUCACCUGUGUGGCAAAGCAAAUCCGUCAUCGGGGGGAGUAUGUUUCACUGUGUUGUGUUACAUUAAUUUCAACAACAGCACAGAAAUGAUCCCUCAAGAUUAUUCGAAACCGAUGCUGCUUAUUGCAUUUUUGUACGAUAGCAUUGGUUCCACGCUUCUUCUAGAGAAUGGAUGGUGUCACUAACUGUCUUCAAAUGAGUAGCGAACGGGAUGUUGUUGAGUAGAAAAAUCCCAGCAGUAGCGCAAUUGGUCCUUUCCGGUGGUGAAUCCUAGAAGGCGCCGUUUUCGGUUUUAUAGUCUUUUAGGUCUGUUCCCCUUGAAUUGGUAGAACGACGGUCGCCUGCCCAGUCGGGAGCGUCUGAAGCAUUAUAAUCGGUAGUGUGUUAAACAUUAGGCAUUCAUUCUUCACAGGAAACAAACAAAAAGAAAAAAUAUUGAAAUUAUCUGCCCAGUAUCCGUUCGCUCAUUGAUGAUACACCGUUACUAGUAACUCUAUCUGUCCAACAUAGUACAGGCUAGGUUUUCGAAAUUGUGAUUUUUGUCCGUUACGAUAUGCAAACAUAUUCUCUGAACCGUAAAUAGAGCAAAAUUAAAAUAGCGACAAAUGUGUGCUAGGGGGAGCAUGAAGCGAAUAGUGUCCAAAUUUAAAUGAAACGAACCAGUACCCAGAUGUA